AUGCGAUUCAAUCAACGUAAUCUUAUAUUGCUACAACCAAUUCUGAAUCAAUUCCUUCAAAACACUUCCUACGAAAGUUUAAAUAAGUUUACUGCUGAAUAUUGGGCAGUGAACAAAAGUAGCAGUACAACUGAUGGAAAAUGGAUAAAAUUUGACACGGAUAUCUAUGAUGGUCGAUAUAAAGCUCAGUAUGGAUCAAAUGAAGUUUCAAUUAAUUGUUUAACAGGUGCAUUUUUAGUCGAUAAAUUGACGAUUGGUUUUUUACCUGAAAAAAUGACGUCGGAUGAAUUGUAUAUUGGUGUCUUUGGGAAGCAACUUUUUGAAGUACAACCAUCAAACGAAAAGGAUACUUAUAUUACUAAACAUGGAUAUCAUACAGAUGGAAGAGUUCAUUAUGAAUUUAAUUACAAUAAUUACUCCCAUCGUCUGACAAUUCAAGAACGACAUAAUCAAACAAACAAAAGAUUCGAAUUGAUUCCUUCGAAUUGUUUCGAAAAGGAAUUACCGGAUAUAUUCAUCUCGAAUUAUAGUCAUUGGAAGAAUGAGAACACUGGCGAGAUCGAAUUUCGACCAAGAUGUUUUCAAGAUUCAAAUUUUCUUACUGAUAAACAUUAUACUCUAACGAUCAAAACAGAAUUGAUUAAGACGAAACAUAUGGGAACAACACAAGUAUUAAUCAAUCAAUCAUCCUCUUUCUUUAAAACCUUCUUUGAACGUUUUUUUAUUCGUCUCGAUGAUGCACCUUAUGUGUACAUGUUACGAGACAUUAUUUGGGAAAAUGCCAAGGCAAAGCUUGGUGCUGUUAUUCAUAUACAUUUAUCUCGAUUAGGUAUUGCUUUCCGAUAUGACAUUCAUCUUAAUAUAAUCACCUCUCGUGAAUAUCCAGAUAUGCACAUCGAUAAAAAUCAAUCAUUUGGAACAUUAACAGGUUUAAAAGCUGGUCUUCUUCUAUCACCCAUGACUAUAAAUAAUCAACAAAAUAAAUAUCGUCUCUGUCGAAAACUAAUUAUUCCUUAUGGACAUAUUCAAGUUGAAAAAGCAUCAGACAAAAAUCAUCAAACUGUUACUAUAGAACGAAAGGCUUCAUCAGGAACAUCACUUCAUCAAUAUUUUGUUUUUAUUUUAAAUGAUCGAUUAAAUAUUCUUCAAUCAAUUGAUAGUCCAACUGGCUGGCUCUAUUUAGCAUUAUUACAUGCAAUGACAUCCCAUCCUUUACCAGAUCAAUAUACAGGAAUGACUGGUAUGGAACGUUCUUUUCAACUAUUAAAUUCAGCUGGAUCUUGGUCUGAUCAACCAUACGAUUCAAUUUCUCUGAAUAUACUUUCACAAAUUGCAUCUUUAUCUCCAAAGGUAAAUUAUUAUCCUGAACAUCAGACAUGUAUGGUAAAAAUUGAUUGGAACACUGAAUAUUUACCAUAUUCUAUUCAACAUUUUGGUUAUUAUUUAUUAGCGAAGAAAUUAUACGAAGAAAGUGAACAAUGGAAGUUUAUGUAUUCAACAAAUACAUCUCAUGGCAUACUGAAGUUGUUUGAAAGCAAGGAAUACAACGAAAAAGUAUUGAUUAAACUCUAUUGGGAUUAUCGAGAUUUAUAUAAUCCGACAGCACGAUUAUCUCCUCAGAUGGAAGCAGAAAUUCGAUCAAAAAAUAUAACAAAAUCAUAUCAACCAGUAUGGGAAAGUUCUACAUUAUCAACUACUCAUAAUAAUCCUCUUCGACUUGUUGAUUAUUUAUAUUCCAAUGGAGAUGUAUAUCUAAAAGAUAGUUCAUCAUUGGCAUGUUUUCCAUUAUCUCGAUGGUUAACAAAUGAAUAUCAACCGAAAUGUAUAUGGAUUGGUUUAUUUAAAUUAAUUGAACAACUAAAGACAGAACAAAGUCCAAAUCAACAAUAUGAAAUUGAACGUUUAGAAAUAUUAUUAGACUUUCUUCGUUACAUUUCUCGUAAACAUGAUACUCAACCGUUUUAUUUUCAACUACUCAAAUCAUAUCUGAAAUCAUCAACAACAUCACUACGAACUCUUCCAUAUCCUGAACCCAAACGUUAUGAAAACAUUCAGGAAACAUCCGUUCAAUCGCAUCGUAUUAAUUUUCCAUCAAGACUUUACCCAAAUAAUCGAGAAAAAGCUUUACAAGAAAUUCGAAGUUGUUUUAUCAAUAAUCGUGAGUACACAAAUAACACUUUUCCAAAAUGGAACAUCAACACAUAUCAAAUCGAGCGUUUAUUUAAAUCUUGGCGUGCCAAUGGUGUACUUCAUUCAUUUCUAAAUAAUAUUCAGAACAACAUUCAAUUGAUUACAAUUAUUCCAUUAAAUAGUGAAGUGAACGUCAAUCCUCAAAAUUUUGCAAUCGAAUCAUUUCAAAAACAUUAUGAAAUUAAAAUUAAUUCUCAAAAUAACUUUAUCGAUCAAAAAUUGCUUGAAUGUGCCAAAGAAAAAUUCUUACAUCCUCAUUUCGAUUAUUUCAUUAAACCAACUAUAUCUACUGAAAUAACAAAUGAGCAGCAAAAGGCGUUCCCCAAAGAAAUAAUUCCUUCGACAGAUCCUCAACUUAAUCCUCUCAGUGAUAUUGCUAAUCAUUUUAAAGAAUAUCUCAUAGAAAGUUGGACAAAAUUUCAAGCAACUAAAGAAUAUCAAAGAAAAUAUCCGGAUAUAAACGAAAUCAACAAUUUUCUCAAAUCCUAUUGUGAACAAUCGACACAAAUGUGGCAUGAAUUAACCAAAUCAAUUGAAUUAAAUAAUGAAUUAUUAUUCAAAACUGGUUUAACGAUAAGAAUCGUACCAACAACAUUAAUAUCUAUCUUACAAGAAAUCUCAUUAAAAAAAGACAUCAAUAUCAAUAAUUCACCGUCAUUAUUCUUAACUACUGAUCAAUGCACAUUACUCGGUGGUAUUCUUGUUAACUGCAUUGUCGAACAACAAAUUGAACGAGCAUUACAUCUCGCUAUUCAUGACAAAUGGGAAGAUUUUGAAAAAGAAAUCUCCAAUAUUCCUCAUACAAAUUGGAUACCAGCAGAGCAUGUUCCAUGGUUAAUUAUGGAAUUAGAAAUGAAUAUUACCAUUCGAGAAAUUCAAAUUCAAGUUGCACGUCAUAUGAUGAAUCCAAAAAUAACAGGAAACAAUUCUUCAAUACGUAAUAUUGUCAUGCAAAUGAAUAUGGGUGAAGGAAAAACUUCAGUUGUUCUUCCAAUUUUAGCACUUAAUUUAAGUUCAUCAUCAUCAAGUCUGGUUCGUAUAAUUGUAUUAAAAUCUUUAUUUCCAAUGAUUUAUCAAUCAUUACGAUGUAAAUUAGGUGGUUUAUUAAAUCGACGUGUUUUACCAUUUUCUUGUCGACGUGNUUUACAUGUUAAUAUUUUGGGAACAACAAUACCACUAGUCGAUAUGGCAUGGUUACAAAAAGAACAGACUAUAUUCAACAGUUCGAAUUGUAUGAUAUUUAGUAAUGAAAAUGAUCAUUAUUUUUGGUUGGGAAAACAUAAAUCAAACAAAAACUUAAAGUAUGUGAAGUGA